ACUGGUUUGACUGGGGAGCGGCAGCCCAAUAAAGACCGAGUGACGACGCCGUAUCUCACCAAGUACGAACGAGCACGGAUAUUGGGGACAAGAGCCUUGCAAAUUAGUAUGAAUGCCCCCGUGCUAGUACCGUUAGAUGGUGAAACGGAUGCUCUACAAAUCGCGAUAAAAGAGCUCUCUCAACGAAAAAUUCCCCUUAUAAUACGACGGUACCUUCCUGACGGUAGUUUUGAAGACUGGAGUGUGUCAGAAUUGAUC